AUGGCAAAUAUGAUAAAUGAUUCUAUAAAUUGCACGAUAUUUUCCCAACAACUUGUUGGAAUUUAUACAGUUGUGAUCUAUGCGCCUUUAGCUGUGGUUUAUGUUAUUGUGGCUAUUUUAUUUAUCAAACAUCCAAUGUCUUUUCACCCAUUAUUUGUACUAUCAUUUUUCUUGAUGUUAUUGGCAUACACUUUUUCAAAUUUUAUUCUCUUUUUUCGAAAUUUGAUUGAAUUUUUGAUGGAGGAAAAUUGGCUUUUCACAACGCUCGAAUUUAUAUUUGUCUAUGCUAAUUAUUAUACUCAACCGAUAAUUGUUCUAGCUUUGCUAGAAAGAUUAAUAGCCACGUUGACAGUUUCAUCCUAUGAAAAGUCAAGGCAUUGGUUUAUUUAUACAAUAGGUCAAAUUAUUUGUGUAAGUUUUUAUUUUAAUUUUCAAUAUCUUAUUCGUCCAUAAUAAUUGAUUUUCUAGAUUUUUCUUGUAAUAACAAUGAGUGUUUCUGAAGAUAAAGCGGAUAUUAUAAGCAAUGUUCAAUUAAGCCUAUCAUUUAUUAGCUGCGUUGUUUUGAUCAUUUUAUUUUUCGUAAAUCGAUAUAUCACCUCACAUUCAGUUGGAAGACAUUCUCUAACUACUCGAUAUCAACUUGCUGAAAAUAUCAAAGCACUCCGGAUUUUUGUGCCGUUUUUAUUGCUCGAUAAUUUUAUAUCAAUUAUGUUUAUUGUUUCAAAUUUGGUGAUUGGAGUUGGAAGAAAAUUUAAUGAAAAUGAGUGCAGACGAUCACCAAACUAUUGGCUUUAUUUUCUGAUUUUCAGAACGGUAAAUAGCAUUUUUCAAACUAUUCAUAUUAUUUCGAGAAAAUUCCAGAUUGCUAUUAUUAUCCAAAUAUCAAUGGCAAUCCUCGUUGUCCAUUUUCACGAUUCUAUGAAAUUCCCAAAAUUCUCCCUCCCACUUCCUCCAUCUCGAACAAGACCUCAAGAACUUAUUAGUGUAACACAUGUACUACAGGUAUCGAAAAUCAUACACAUUCAAUUAAUUUCCCACGAAAACUACAUUUUUUCAGAUCAAAAAUGUUCUUGGAAAAAAUAUUGUGGAAGCUGAGACAGCUGAAAAUUACUUUUCACAACUCGAAAUUCAGUGGAAAUAA